AUGGAUAGCCCGACAAAGAGCAAAGAUGAACGGACACAUGCGACUAUUAGUCACACCAAAAGUCAAGAAGCAGUUGAGAUGUUGUCUUCAUACCUGUCACUUUCAACACAACUUGAUUCCGAUUCACUUCUGAGACUGCAAGAAGGCCAGGUUACUGAGCGACGAACCGCAGAACUUGAACACAUCGGCGAAGGAUUCUGCGCUACCAUAUAUGAUUUUGGGAGCACAGGUCAAGUCAUCAAACAGGCAAAAGAGCUGAGAAAGUUUCCAGAAUUACUGGUCGACUAUGUCGCGCAUCAGAAAGUCUAUGCCGCCGGCCUCCACAUGGGCGUACAAGUCUUCAUCCCCCGUCCAGCUGACUUCGUCAGACCUGAACAGCUUGGCCACUGGUAUAAUGAACACAGGGAGUCGGGCAAGCUGCCAGAUGAUCGAACCCUCAUCAGCAGGAACAUGGCAGUCCUCGUUUCUGAGAGAAUCCCAGCACUACCUAUGGAGGUUCGCAGAGCCCUCAUCGAAGUUUUCUGUCCUGAGGAGCAGAGAGUGGCAGCUCGUGUUAUUCGAAGAAACAACAACUGCCUUGCUCGAUUGUACCUGGGCCGGCGUCGACAGAACACCAGAGUCGAGGGAAGAUUCGAGCUGCGUAACUUCGAAAUGACCUUGGACAAGAUGGAGAUUCUCAACAUCGAUCCACUUCAAUAUGUGGCACCCAUGGCAGAAGCAUUGGCAGUCAUGCACUGGGAAACCCAGCACGAUGCGUUCGACGUUGAGUUCGUCCUCGCCUCAUCGCCAAAACCAAGAAGUCGAACUGCGGAAUGGGCAUCAGUCAAAACCACCCGGGAACCAAGCAAAGGAUCUGAAUCUCAGCAAAAGGCUGUGAAUGUAUGGCUUCUAGACUUCAAUCAGGUUGGAGAAAUCACAAUGGACAACAAAGGAGUAGGAAAGGCAGUCAGAGGGUUCUGGGACAAUGAUCCGUAUUAUCCCAGGCCAACAGUGGAGGAAGACUCGCACACUACUGAGGCAAAGCUGUGGCACAAAUUCAAGCAGGUGUAUCUGGCAACCUCAUCAAAGAUCUUGAAGGACGACGCAUUGGCUACGACCUUCAUCGAGGCGGUCGAACUGGAAGGGAAGAAGAGGUUGGCAUGCCCUCCUGUUCUCCAGGGUCCACCGAAGGCAUUGGCAGCUGUGUCUAUACCACCAAGAUCUUCUGGCAAGAAGAAGCAGAGGAGUUACGUUGACUUCAAUGAGUAG